UAGAGAGUUUGUCACUAACACAAAUAAAUAUACAAAGAGUUAUGCCGGACUUCCUCUUCAAGAAGUUGCGUGAAGAAUGGAGGGUUCCAAUACCACCUGGGUGCUACUAUUUUUUCUGAACUGUGUAAUUUUACUGGAGGGAUUUCAAUGGUCUUAUCAGCAACAGGCAAACCAUGUAAUCAACGUAGUCGCCGGCUCAAAUGUUUCACUGCCAUGCGAUUAUGUGCUGACUCCUCAAGAAGAACAACAAGCUGAUAUAUUUCAUUUGCUGACCUGGUCCAGAGAACAACCUUACAACAGUGAUGAAUGGGCUGGAUUAGCCAUCAACUCAACAUUGAUUGGAAGCAAAGUCAUUUACGAUCAUCCCCAACACAUUUUCAUUUCGGACAGGACUUUGAAUGUUAUGAACGUAGCCGAAGAAGAUCACACUCGUUACCAAUGCUCAUUUCGAAGUAGUUUCUUCACAUCACCAAGUAUUAUCGAGUUAAACGUACAAUACAAACCCACAGACACUCUGCUCAGUAGUUCGGUGGAGCCAGCACAAGAAGGGAAACUCUUAGUGCUCACCUGUACAGCCCGUGCCAAUCCCUCAGCAGAAUAUAAAUUUUACCGCAACAACAAUUUGAUCAGCUCAUCCAGCACAGGUGUACUUACUUUUGUUAGUGUCAAGAAAGAGGACCAAGGAACUUAUCGCUGUGUUCCUUCUAAUAAACUGGGUGACGGCCCAGAAGCAACUCUCACGGUGACCGUUGAAGAUAAAGAGGAAUUCCCAGUUUGGGCAUAUGCUGCCAUUGGUGGAAGUGUUUUAUUUGUCCUUUUAAUUGCCUCCUCGAUCAUUGUAUUUUGCCGUUCAAAGAAGUACAAUAAGAAAGAUAAGAGGGAAAUGGGAUCACAGAAUAACAUUUCCAGACAAGGAACCAAGAGAGGCUCUCACAUUGGUCCUACUCUCUAUGGAGAUCAGACGAAUGGGGGAAUGGAGAUUGGUUAUCUGAAUGGAGCCUUGAGCCUAAAUGAUGUUAGAAUGAGUCGUGAGAUUGGUUAUAUGAACGGAGCCAUAAGUCUUACUGAUGUCAGAAUGAGUCGCGAGAUGCCUGAUGUAAUGAAGGGGGCCAUGAGUGCAAAUGACAUUAGAUUGGCAGAGGACCAACGCUCCACAGUUGGUGGAGCCUACCCUACCCAAUCUGUUAUUCAACUGAUUGAGGCUGGAGGAGAAGUAGACUCUAGAAUUUAACGCAACAGAAUAUAAGACGCUCAUCCAAGACGAAGACAGAUGCAAGCAGCUCCCUCAUUGCUGGAUAUUGCAUCACCUGUAAUGUUCUGUUUACAGUCAACAGACAACCUACAGUGGAAGGGUUCCACUUAAAAAUUUUUAUAUUCAAACUAAAAUUAUUUAUUAAUUACCACCACAGUCGUCGCUAUUUGUAACUGUCACAGUUUUAAUCAUUUUCAAAACUUUUUUACUUUUGUAUUUUGUAGCGAAUUGAAUUUUUACUGUUGACUGUCAAUGUAUUUAAAACCGAACAUGAAAGAAAGAAAAAACCAAACAAAAUGAAAGCAAUCGAAAUUUGUUUAGUUUGAUAAAGGAAUGUGUACAUGAAUUAUUCAGGGUCAAUUCAAGGUGUUUUCAUUGUACAAAAUAGUCAAAUAUAUUAAAGAUUCUUGUCCGUUCUAGGAAAAUUUUUUUGACAGAUUCGUGUGAUUUGUAUUUUUUUUAGCCAAUAAAGUUUGAAAGUAA